UGUACGUACUUCUUCCCGCAACAUCGAUAAAGUUCUUUUCUAUAACUUCGCGUAAAUAAUGUUAUCGGUCAAAUCACGUGAUGCUUAUUCUUACUUAAUCUUUGACUUAUCUUAACGACUAAUGCUAAUUGUUGCUGGGUAGUUUAGUUCGACGAGAUGGCUCCGCAAGAGGACAAUGUUCUAGUGUUUUUUGUUAACGGAAAGAAGGUGGAGGAUGAUCAAGUCGACCCCGAAUGGACACUUCUCUUUUAUCUACGUAAUAAGCUCAGACUGUGUGGGACCAAACUGGGCUGCGGGGAAGGAGGAUGUGGCGCUUGCACUGUGAUGGUCUCCAAGUACGAUCGGAUCAAAAAUAAAAUUAUUCACCUACCUGUAAACGCUUGUCUAGCGCCAGUAUGUUCAAUGCACGGUCUAGCCAUAACAACAAUCGAAGGAAUCGGCUCCACCAAAACCAAACUACACCCAGUUCAAGAAAGAAUAGCCAAAUCACACGGUUCCCAAUGCGGCUUUUGCACCCCCGGAAUCGUAAUGUCAAUGUACACCCUUUUAAGAACCUCGCCCAAACCAACAAUGAAAGAAAUGGAAGUCGCUUUCCAAGGCAACCUCUGUCGUUGUACAGGCUACAGACCAAUCAUAGAAGGCUACAAAACAUUCACCGAAGAAUGGGAAUUGCUACAAAACUCCAACAAACUAAACGGCGAACAAACCAAUGGUUGUGCAAUGGGCGAUCAAUGCUGCAAACUUCAAAAUGGUACCGGUACCACCGACCCUGAAGAAGUUUUAUUCAAACGAAGCGAGUUCACCCCGUAUGAUUCCUCCCAAGAACCAAUUUUUCCACCAGAAUUAAAGAUUUCGGGUCAAUAUGAUAAGCAAUAUUUGGUUAUUAAGGGGAAAACGGUCACUUGGUAUAGACCAACGAACUUAGAACAACUACUAGAACUGAAGAAACUGUUUCCUGGUGCGAAACUGGUUGUAGGAAAUACGGAAGUUGGUGUGGAGGUUAAGUUUAAACACAUGGUGUACCCGGUUAUAAUACAACCUGUGUUGAUACCGGAGAUGGUUGACAUUACUAAUACCGAAAAGGGGGUUAGGGUAGGAGCGUCUGCCACUCUCAUCGAUACCGAAAACCACUUGAAAAACGAAAUUAAUCAACUACCUGAAGAGAAAACACGAAUUUUUAAAACCGUAGUCGAUAUGUUGAAUUGGUUUGCUGGUAAACAAAUCAGAAGUGUGGGGGCUCUUGGUAGUAAUAUAAUGACGGGAAGUCCAAUUUCUGACAUGCUUCCGAUUCUCAUGGCCAAUGAAGUAACGCUAGAGUUACAAAGUCGGGAUAACGGAAAACGCGAGGUUCUUUUAGACGGGAACUUCUUCACAGGGUACAGAAAAACCAUAGUCAAACCGGAGGAAAUACUUUUAGCCAUUUAUAUUCCUUACACUAACAGCGACCGCUACUGUUACGCUUACAAACAAGCACGGAGACGUGAAGACGACAUCGCUAUUGUAAACGCGGCCAUCAAUGUCACUUUUGAACCCAAAACUGACAUCAUCUCUGAUAUUAAUCUAGCUUUCGGGGGUAUGUCCUAUAAGACUGUCACAGCACCCAAAACUCGAUCAAAACUGAAAGGUUUACCCUGGAAUCGGACCACUCUAGAACUGGCUUUCACCCACUUACAAGAAGAUUUGCCUCUGGACCCUGGUGCUCCUGGUGGAAUGUACGUCUAUAGAAGAUCCCUGACGCUAAGUUUGUUUUUUAGAGCAUUCCUAGCGAUUUCACAAGAUUUGGAAAAAUAUAUCCCUCAUAUCAAAAUCGACAAACGCGACCUGAGCGGAAUCAACGGUUUUCAUUCAAAAGAGUACAAAAGCUCGCAGUACUUCACCGUCGUACCCAAAACCCAGGAAAAAACAGACGCUCUUCAGCGACCAGUAGUACACGCGUCUGCAUACAAACAAGCCACGGGUGAAGCGACCUACUGUGACGAUAUCCCGUUUUUCGAAAACGAGCUCUAUUUAGCGUUCGUUACAAGCACCAAAUCGCAUGCCAAAAUUUUGUCGGUGGAUACCACCGAGGCUUUAGCUGUGGAAGGUGUGCACUACUACGUUUCCGCUAAAGACAUAGACCCGAGUUGCAACAACAUAGGUUCUAUUGUUCACGACGAAAAAGUAUUUUAUGAUGAUGUGGUGACCAGUCAAGGACAGAUUAUAGGAGGAAUUAUAGCCGUUGAUCAAAUGACUGCACAAAAAGCCGCUCGUAAAGUAAAAGUUGAAUAUGAAGAGCUUCAACCCGUCGUUGUUACAAUUCCUGACGCCAUCAAACACAACUCGUACCUUAGUAGCGUACCACAUAAAGUCAUCGCGAGAGGAGACAUCGACAAGGUUUUCCAAACCGCGCCUCAUGUUUUAGAAGGCGAGUGUCACAUGGGGGGUCAAGAGCACUUCUACCUUGAAACUCAGGGUGUGGUGGUGGUACCCAAGAAAGAAGACCAAGAGAUGGACGUGUAUUCAUCCACCCAAAACCCGACUGAAGUUGCCGCUAUGCUAGGUCACGUUCUUGGUAUCCAACUAAACAAAAUUGCGGUCAAAGUGAAGAGGUUAGGUGGAGGCUUCGGGGGAAAAGAAUCCAAGGCGAUGAUGAUAGCAGUGGCUGCUGCGGCUGCAGCCGUCAAGCUAAACCGGCCCGUGCGGUGUAUGCUAGACCGAGACGAAGACAUGGUGAUGACGGGAGGUCGACACCCGUUUUUGUCAAAGUAUAAAGUGGCGUUCGACGAUCAAGGCAAAAUCCUGGGGGCGCUCGUAAAAAUUUACUGCAAUUGUGGAUAUUCGUUCGACUUGUCACCUGGGGUUUUAGAACGCGCAAUGGCCCACGCUGAAAACUCGUACAACUUACCCGUGGCCCGAAUUGAAGGCUACUUAUGCAAAACCAAUCUUCCUUCGAAUACCGCGUUUCGUGGUUUCGGAGGUCCGCAAGGGAUGUACGCUGCCGAGUGCAUGCUCCAAGACAUUUCAGUCUUUCUUAACAAAGACCCGGUGAAACUAAGCGAGUUGAACUUGUACAAAGAGGGAGAUUCGACUCACUAUAAUCAAAAAUUGAUCAACUGCACUAUCAAUAAGUGUUGGAAGGAAUGUAUCGAGUCAUCCCGCUACUACGAAAAACGCAAAGAAGUGGAUAAAUUUAACAAGCAGAAUCGUUACAAGAAGCGAGGUUUGAGUGUCAUCCCGACCAAGUACGGGAUUUCUUUCACCGUGCUACAUUUGAAUCAAGCUGGAGCUUUGAUACUAGUGUACACUGACGGUUCAGUGCUUUUGCACCAUGGUGGUAUCGAAAUGGGACAAGGUCUCUACACCAAAAUGUUACAAGUGGCUAGCAGAAGUCUAGAAAUCCCUAUUGAAAAAAUCCACACUGUGGAAACUGCAACUAACACGGUUCCGAAUACUUCUCCAACUGCCGCUAGUUCGGGUUCCGACUUGAACGGAAUGGCCGUCAUGCAAGCUUGUAACAUCAUCAAAGAACGACUAAAACCGUACAAAGAAGCCAAUCCUAAAGGAAAAUGGGAAGACUGGGUUAAAAAAGCGUACUUUGACCGAGUUAGUCUGAGUGCGACUGGUUACUAUCGAACACCAGAUAUUGGGUACAACUGGGAAACCGGUGAAGGUAACAUGUUCAACUAUUUUACCUACGGUGUGGCUUGUUGCGAAGUGGAAAUUGAUACCUUGACUGGAGAUCAUGAAGUUCAUAGUGUCGAAAUCGUGAUGGAUUUAGGUGAAAGCUUGAACCCUGCCAUCGACAUAGGUCAGAUCGAAGGUGCUUUCAUGCAAGGGUACGGUCUGUACGUGCUUGAAGAAUUAGUGUAUUCGCCGUCUGGAACAAACUAUACGCGAGGUCCCGGGACUUACAAGCUUCCAGGUUUUGGAGACAUUCCAGGGGAGUUUAAUGUGUCGUUGCUUAAAGGAGUGUCAAACCCUAGAGCGGUUUAUUCAUCAAAGGCUGUAGGGGAACCUCCACUGUUUCUUGGUAGUACGGUACUUUUUGCAAUUAAAGAUGCCAUAAAAGCAGCAAGGGUGGAGAAUGGGUACGAUCCAAACGAUUUCCAGUUGGUUUCGCCGGCUACUUCGGCUAGGAUUCGAGUGGCAUGCCAGGAUAAUAUAACAGCGAAGUUCAAAGAACCAGAGCCUGGAACGUAUUCGCCGUGGAACGUCUUGGUGUAGCUCAGCUUUUAUUACGUACGAUAUUGUGAUAUUAUAAUAUUCGUUACUGUUUAAAUAAAGAUGAUACUGUGGUGGCCAAA